AUGGGUCACCAGCAGCUUUACUGGAGUCACCCACAGAAGUUCGGCCAGAAUUUUCACUCUUGCCACAUCUGCUCUAACCACCACGGUCAGAUCCAUAAAUACAGGCAGAACAUUUGCCAUCAGUGCUUCUAUCAGUACUUGAAGGACAUAGGAUUCAUUAAAUUGAACUAA